GCCAGUCCCGCGAAGCCCCCUCCCACUCCCGGGCGGGCGGUGGCGGCUGCGGGAGGAGGAGAAGGAGGAGGGAGCGUCUCUGCCACCGCCUCCUGGUCCCCAGCGCCGAUCCGCCGCCGCCGCCACCUCCCUCCGCGGCGAUCCUCCCUCCGCGGCGAUCCUCCCUCCAUGGUCCUGCCGCGGCCCCCUCUGUAGCCCGAGCUGCUCCGCGACGCGACGGAGCCGGCCUCGGACAGAGGGAGCGGUCGCGGCCUCGCGGCCCGCGCGGGCUGACGAGCGGAGAGCGCGACGCCGCGCGGUCCCCGAGGAUCCGCACGCCGGGCAGCGCGGCCCGAGCAGCGCGAGGAGCAGCGGGCGGGCGGGCGGCGCCGGGCCCGGGCCGCCCUCGCUCCCGCGCCCCGGCCCCGCCGCCCGCGCCGGGGCGGUCGCCUGCAGAGGAAGGCGCCGCAGUCUCUGGGCCUCGCGGCCCCACUCGAGCGUCCUCGGCACCGAGGGCUCGCGGGUCCUGAGGGGAGGAGGCGAUCCCGGGGCUGGGCACUGAGCUCUUGGGCGCCCACACCCCCGUUUUCGAAGCCCUCCACGCUGCGGCCGCUAUCCCCUCCGGACCAUGGCCGACGACGACGUGCUGUUCGAGGAUGUGUACGAGCUGUGCGAGGUGAUCGGAAAGGGUCCCUUCAGUGUUGUACGACGAUGUAUCAACAGAGAAACUGGGCAACAAUUUGCUGUAAAAAUUGUUGAUGUAGCCAAGUUCACAUCAAGUCCAGGGUUAAGUACAGAAGGUAAGAGAUGGAUUUCAAAUCUAAAGCGGGAAGCCAGUAUCUGUCAUAUGCUGAAACAUCCACACAUUGUAGAGUUAUUGGAGACAUAUAGCUCAGAUGGAAUGCUUUACAUGGUUUUCGAAUUUAUGGAUGGAGCAGAUCUGUGUUUUGAAAUCGUAAAGCGAGCGGACGCUGGUUUUGUGUACAGUGAAGCUGUAGCCAGCCAUUAUAUGAGACAGAUACUGGAAGCUCUACGCUACUGCCAUGAUAAUAACAUAAUUCACAGGGAUGUGAAGCCCCACUGUGUUCUCCUCGCCUCAAAAGAAAACUCGGCACCUGUUAAACUUGGAGGCUUUGGGGUAGCUAUUCAAUUAGGGGAGUCUGGACUUGUAGCUGGAGGACGUGUUGGAACACCUCAUUUUAUGGCACCAGAAGUGGUCAAAAGAGAGCCUUACGGAAAGCCUGUAGAUGUCUGGGGGUGCGGUGUGAUCCUUUUUAUCCUGCUCAGUGGUUGUUUGCCUUUUUACGGAACCAAGGAAAGAUUGUUUGAAGGCAUUAUUAAAGGAAAAUAUAAGAUGAAUCCAAGGCAGUGGAGCCAUAUCUCUGAAAGUGCCAAAGACCUAGUACGUCGCAUGCUGAUGCUGGAUCCAGCUGAAAGGAUCACUGUUUAUGAAGCAUUGAAUCACCCAUGGCUUAAGGAGCGGGAUCGUUAUGCCUACAAGAUUCAUCUUCCAGAAACAGUAGAGCAGCUGAGGAAAUUCAACGCAAGGAGGAAACUAAAGGGUGCAGUACUAGCCGCUGUGUCAAGUCACAAAUUCAACUCAUUCUAUGGGGAUCCCCCUGAAGAGUUACCAGAUUUCUCCGAAGACCCUACCUCCUCAGGAGCAGUCUCACAGGUGCUGGACAGCCUGGAAGAGAUUCACGCACUUACAGACUGCAGUGAAAAGGACCUAGAUUUUCUACAUAGUGUUUUCCAGGAUCAGCAUCUUCACACACUACUAGAUCUGUAUGACAAAAUAAACACAAAGUCUUCACCACAAAUCAGGAAUCCUCCAAGUGAUGCAGUACAGAGAGCCAAAGAGGUAUUGGAAGAAAUUUCAUGUUAUCCUGAGAAUAACGACGCAAAGGAACUAAAGCGUAUUUUAACACAACCUCAUUUCAUGGCCUUACUUCAGACUCACGACGUAGUGGCACAUGAAGUUUACAGUGAUGAAGCAUUGAGGGUCACACCUCCUCCCACCUCUCCCUAUUUAAAUGGUGAUUCUCCAGAAAGUGCUAACGGAGACAUGGAUAUGGAGAAUGUGACCAGAGUUCGGCUGGUACAGUUCCAAAAGAACACAGAUGAACCAAUGGGAAUCACUUUAAAAAUGAAUGAACUAAAUCAUUGUAUUGUUGCAAGAAUUAUGCAUGGGGGCAUGAUUCACAGGCAAGGUACACUUCACGUUGGUGAUGAAAUUCGAGAAAUCAAUGGCAUCAGUGUGGCUAACCAAACAGUGGAACAGCUGCAAAAAAUGCUUAGGGAAAUGCGGGGGAGUAUUACCUUCAAGAUUGUGCCAAGUUACCGUACUCAGUCUUCAUCCUGUGAGAGAGAUUCCCCUUCCACUUCCAGACAGUCCCCAGCUAAUGGUCAUAGCAGCACUAACAAUUCUGUUUCGGACUUGCCAUCAACUACCCAACCAAAAGGACGACAGAUCUAUGUAAGAGCACAAUUUGAAUAUGAUCCAGCCAAGGAUGACCUCAUCCCCUGCAAAGAAGCUGGCAUUCGAUUCAGAGUUGGUGACAUCAUCCAGAUUAUUAGUAAGGAUGAUCAUAAUUGGUGGCAGGGUAAACUGGAAAAUUCCAAAAAUGGAACCGCAGGUCUCAUUCCUUCUCCUGAACUUCAGGAAUGGCGAGUAGCUUGCAUUGCCAUGGAGAAGACCAAACAGGAGCAGCAGGCCAGCUGUACUUGGUUUGGCAAGAAAAAGAAGCAGUACAAAGAUAAAUAUUUGGCAAAGCACAAUGCAGUGUUUGAUCAAUUAGAUCUUGUCACAUAUGAAGAAGUAGUAAAACUGCCAGCAUUCAAAAGGAAAACACUAGUCUUAUUAGGCGCACAUGGUGUUGGGAGAAGACACAUAAAAAACACUCUCAUCACAAAGCACCCAGACCGGUUUGCGUACCCUAUUCCACACACAACCAGACCUCCAAAGAAAGAUGAAGAAAAUGGAAAGAAUUAUUACUUUGUAUCUCAUGACCAAAUGAUGCAAGACAUCUCUAAUAACGAGUACUUGGAGUACGGCAGCCACGAGGAUGCAAUGUAUGGGACAAAACUGGAGACCAUCCGGAAGAUCCACGAGCAGGGGCUGAUUGCAAUACUGGACGUGGAGCCUCAGGCACUGAAGGUCCUGAGAACUGCAGAGUUUGCUCCUUUUGUUGUUUUCAUUGCUGCACCAACUAUUACUCCAGGUUUAAAUGAGGAUGAAUCUCUUCAGCGUCUGCAGAAGGAGUCUGACAUCUUACAGAGAACAUAUGCACACUACUUCGAUCUCACAAUUAUCAACAAUGAAAUUGAUGAGACAAUCAGACAUCUGGAGGAAGCUGUUGAGCUCGUGUGCACAGCCCCACAGUGGGUCCCUGUCUCCUGGGUCUAUUAGGCCUCUCCCCAGAUAUCUGAGCAUAACUGGGAGCAACUCAUACGUGGAAAAGCCUCUUUGUUAUCGGCCUUGUGUCAGCAGGUCAUGGUCCCUAGAGACUACCUAGUUGUAGUGUGACCUACAUUUAUGAUUAUUGUCAUGUCCGAAUAGAUAGGAGGAGAAAAACAAUUACACACUAAUUUAAAGAGACAGUAUCUUUUUUAAUCAGUUCUCCUAAACUUUAAUAAAAUGUAUCUUUAAAUGUAUGUAUUAUUCAAUCCUUUGGAAUGUUAUAUUUUUGGAAAUCAUAGCUUUUUAUUUCCAAGGCCCCUAAAAACUGCACAAAAUAGAUGCUGCUUUCUAUAAUCUAUUUUAAUAAUAAUAAACAAUGAUUCUGUUACCUUGACUGGGGGUGGAACACUACAUUCUUUUUAGAGUCUGAUUUUAUGGAUUGGAAUAUCUUUCUUUCCUUUAUUUAUUUGAAAUAAUUAGUGUAGUGAUUACAAAACAGUCAUAAAUUUUUAAAGGCCUUUUUUCUCUCUUUUUUUUUUUUUUUUAGAAUAGUAUUUUUUUUUAAGUCCUUUAUGUAACAUCCAGAUAAUGUGAUACUGUCUCUUUGAAGCACCCUGUAAACCUUUUAGAGAUUUGAAGUUGGGUCUUGACUCUUAAUGCAUGUGGACAGUCGCGAGCGUUUAUGCUGUCGGUGUGUCUGUGUUGGACAAAACAAUCUGUAAUCUACAGCAAAGUACAUUCUACAUUCCGUUCAUGGGGCACACCCAGGGGAAUAAGAAUAAAAUGCUAUUAUGACUAAGUUGUAAACCUAUGCACAUCCCUUGCAUUUUGGGCAACUUUAUAAAAAAAAAAAAGAAACUGAUUUUUAUUAAUAAUAAUCAUGUAGUGAAAUGUGUUUGUAAUUUUGUCUCAAUUUAAUUUGUUGUAAGGUGGGGGGGAAUUGCUGGUUUCACCAUUUCAGAUCUGUGUUGUCUAAGAGUAUUAACGUUUUAAGCAAAGAAAUGAGGAUUUUUAAUCUGUAUGUAAUUGUUUUAAAGCACCCAUUUUAAGAGAAAAUACUGUGCAAUGAAGAAACCAGUUUUGGCAUUUGCUAUAAACUGAAAUAUUCCAAAAGAAUAAUCUAUAACAGCCCUGUAAAUUCCUUUAAAAUGAUAACAGGACAGUUUGACCAAUUUUUUUUAAAUAUACUUCCUUUUAUGUGUUCAAUAAUUAAAAUGCCUUUGGGUCCUUCAUUUCAUUAUAGAUUUGUUCAGGCUUCCAAGCUGAUAAUCUUUUCAAUUGUAUAAUUUGUUAGAUGCUCAUCGAACCUUUGAAGGCCCAGGAGUGAGUAUCAGUUGGCAGGGCGACAAAGGAGCCUGCCAGAGCACAGCUGGACCGCGUCUGACUCGCACAGAGCCAUGCGCCCAAGGGCCACGGGUGUACUGGAGGCCACCUGUGGUCUCUUCUUCCUCUUGCUGUAUCCCUUGGCACAGGGGAAUCAUCUGUCCUUGUUGCUUUAGAGACAUUAACCAUCUCAUAACCCUUCCAUGAAGUCACAUUCUUCCAAUACAGGAGAUUUGGGCUGGGGUUCUCAGACUCUUUGCCAGAGGUCAGUAGAAUGUUUUUCAUUAGCGUGUGAGGGUGUGAAGUACUUAUAUUAGCCUGUGAUCCUUGAAAACAUACCAUCGUUUUUUGCUUCUUGUAGGUUAGAUGGCCUUGUCACUUUGUGCCUUGGCAGGAUGUGCAGGGUGUUUUCUGAGCCGAACAGCUCCUCUUAAAGGACCAAACAGAGAAGGAGUUAGUAUACUUCUUUUACGUUGUCAGCACCCUACCCGCCUCCGCCCCCACUGCCUAUUAUGAAAUGAUGACGAUUUUUUUUUUUUCUGAUGUUGUUCUUUGUCAGUGACCAGAUGAAUCUGCAACUUACUAACAAGGUAUUGAGUGAACUACUUCUAUUUGGGCCCCACAGUGGGGUGACCAAGCCACCAAACCAGAGACAAGCUCCACAGUGGUCUCACGCUAGAUGGAGAGAGAAACCUUCAAAGAGUUGGUUAGGGCUGUGUUAGGACUGAUUCAAAUCUGAUAGAUGCCAAGGCCAGACAGUCAUUCCUGGUAUGGUACUGACCACAAUUGGGGCUCUUAGUGUGAAGGUGCCCACUCUACCUCUUUUCUGGUGAAGCACAAAGACAACUACAACUAACACAUGGGAAACAGAAACUUCCCUCCCUCUAGUGGAAACCCCCACGCCCCCACUUGCCCUUUGAGCCCACAUCUCCAGAGAUGCUGACGGUGCCUGUCUUAAGCCAGCUGCCAUGUUUAUAAAGGUGGAUUAAGCAGAGGAGGAGAAAAGCAAUGCCAACUUAAAUGUCUGUGGCCCCAGACUUCACAGGCACUGUAGCACUCUUCCUCCGUGGCUUUAUCCAUCCUCUGAGAAGCACCCAGGCAGGCAUCAUUGUUGCCAUCAUUCCGAUGGUGAAAUCCCUGCAUGCAGAACUCACUGACUUCUCAAAGAGGUUAUGUGUUCCAUUCCACUAAUACAUGUCUUCUCUAAAGCAGUGUCUUUAUGACCUAGCUGCAUAUACUUAAUUUCUGAAUUCAGAGUAAUUUCAGUACAUUGCUGCUGCUGCUGCUGCUGCUACUGCUACAUUACAAUUGUCCACUAAGCAAUCAGAGAAAAUUGCUAAAAGCUUCUUUACUGCUUCCAUUCCAUCAGCAGAACCCCCCCCCCCCCCCCCCCACUUUUAAAGACCAGAACGAAUGAUUAGAGUACUAAGUCUUAUUAGUGGUCAGUUGAAGUACUGGAGAGCCAUAUUUUGAAGGUUCUCUCCCCCACCCAACUCCAUUCCCCACAGCAAGAAAGGGAGUGUUUUUAUAUGUUGAAUUCUUUGUUAAAAAGAUGAAAUGUCCUGAUUUUCCAAUCACAAGACAGUAAUUACUUUGCACAUGCAGCAUAUCCCAUUUUAACGCUAAAAAGGGAAAUGUCACUCAAUUUAAGUCAUCUGGAAGUUUCCCAGUGUCAAGAUAACAUUGUAGCCUUUUUAAAUGCAAUUAAAUGUACCUCUUGUCAGGUGAGAUGAUUUAAAACAUUUGCUCAGAGAGUAAAAGAAAUGGUCGACCUACUUCUUGCUAUUUGCAUUCAGAAAGCAUCGUCCCAGCCCAUCCUAUUGGUGGCGGAAUAUCUGAAGAUGUCGCAAAGUCCCCCACUGCAGGAGAAAUGCAGGAGGUGUGCCUGUUCCCCGUCCAAUUCCUUCUUAGGCUGCUAGAGCCAGCCAGUGGGCCAAGCCUUCCUCUGUGCUCCAGGCAGGCCUGGGCUGCAGCUACUAUUAUCUUUUUACAGCCUUUGAUCUGAUCGCUGCAGAGUUCUUUUGUUUUUAAAUCACUUGUAUUUGUCUCUUCAUUAAGGCUUCAAGUUUGUUUCUUGAAAAAGUUUAGUCAAUUGAGCCACCCUCCAGGAAGAUCCCAGCGUGGAAACUGCCCCUGAAAAACAAGGCAACCCAAAGCCAGCUCUCUUUUGUCCCCCACUGAUGUCAUGUCCUUUUUUUUUUUUUUUUUUAAUUUCAGGCCAGUUUCUUAACUUGGGGCAAAGAGAAUCUGUGUUGCUAAAGCUACCAAGAAACUGCUUGAUUAACAAAUUCUUAAUAGAAAUGCCUCCCACGCUGUCUCUUUGGAAAGAGAAGGCACCUUGGAAUCGGCAUUCCAAAACCAAGCUCCUUGUCGUCCUCAUCCCUCCUCCUUCUUGCUUCCUAUUAUCAAACUCGUGUGUGUUUCUUGUUUUCUCAGAACUGAACACAGCCUCCUAAUUCCAUCCUCUUGACUAGGGCUUACAAUACUGAGAGCAAUUACAGCCUGUAAUAGGUUAAAGGCCCCUGAGCGUGGCUCUCUUGCUCUGCGCCUCUAAUUCUUCUAUUAAAAAUAUGCUUUCCUUCUCACUGCAGCUUACAGAAAGGCGACAAGCUUUAAUCACAGAUCAUUUCAUUUGCCAGAGCCUUUCCUUUUCUAACUCCUUUAGAAAUAAGAUUUCCCUCUCUGUUUGGAAUAUCUGAAUACAGGGCUCUCCUCCAAGCUCGUGGCUUGAUUGGCUUUGCCUGUGCACACACACAUCAGUUUGCCUUAAACUUGGAGCUAUGGGGAGUCCCGGAUUUUUCAGCUUAGUGGGUGAAGUUUAGCUGUCACAUACAUCCAGGAAGUGGGAGAAAAGGGAAAAGAAGAGGAUAUUCCCCACCAUGUUCCCAUCUGGUUUUUCCCCUGCCUUGCUUUGUGCAGCAGGUGGGCAGACAGAGCCCACAGAAACAGAAGUAGAAAGAGGACCGCACCAUCUCUGGGGCCAGCACUCCCAAGUCUUAGCUCUUUGUGGGGAUAGAAAAUCCUGAGCUCCCACCACCUCUCAUCUGACCCUCCAUCAACUCCCUUGAACCUACCUGUGCAAAUGGACUGAGCAAAAGAAAAUGGAAAGAGACGUUUGUCACCACACAGGAGACCUUUCUGGCCCCAAGCACAGCUCAAUCUCUGCGCAUGCUCAGAAACUCAAAAUUUAGCUACUACUUAUGUGUUAGCUCCAUUCUCUCCGGUGUGUGACUGAGAGAACACGCCAGUGUUCUUACUGACAGAGGCUUGGGGUGACCCUCUCUGGACCCAGAGGAAGUACAGCCUCUGUAGCAGGAGUUGUCCUUGGGAACAGAAAUAGGCAUUCCUCCACAAUGAGUGGCUCCCCCUAUUUUUUUUAUUUGGAAGAGACCAAGAAUUGGGGGAAUUGAUUUCCAGUCUUAGCUGUUUCCCGGAAUGUCAUCUGUGCAGGCAGGUAGGCGGCUGCCGGGUGCAGCAGGCAGCGUGACUGAUGUGAAGGCCACACAACCCUCACGUGCUGAGACCCGAGUAUCGUGUUUAAUUGCAGUGUAGGCGCGUCCCCAUUCAAACUCAGUUCUGGGGUGGUUUUGCAUAAAGUUUUGCCAACGUGUUCUUUUUUCUGUAUGUAUUAUUGCCUUUUUAUAAAAGGUGUUGAAGUAUUGUCUCAGUGAUAAAAAGAGAGAGAUGUUAAUGGUUGUUGUAUAUUUCACCGUAUCCAAUUGUAAGUAUUUGCAGGGUACAGCAGAGCCUUAGCUUGCAAGAGCGUUUGUGCAGGAGGUGUCCCUCAACACCCAGGAGCUGAAGGGAUUGGAAAGGUUUGGAUUCUUUGUAAAUGUCCUGCUUUUCUUUCUCUCUGUGUGUAUCUAUUUACAUGCCUUAGCACACGCCCUCCCAUCCUGAUCCCUUUGCCCUGUCGCUGGAACAACCAGAAUGCUGGUGCGCUGCUGGCACAGUACAAAUUGAUGAAACCCUAAUCAGUUAUCUUGUGUGACAGGGGAAGAAGAGAAACUCCAUAGUAUUCCUUGUAGAAUAUACAUACCUGUAGGAUGCUGUGUAAUGGGAAACCAUAGAAUUGGGCUUUUGUCAUUUCAAAGUUGGAGAAAUGUAUGAAUAAAAUGUAUAAAACAUGAAAA